UGGGCUCUGUCUAAAGGUCAUUCCCUUGCAGCAUCACAGAAGUGUAAGUCUGCACCCUGACCAUGGCUGAUUUUGGGGAAAUCCUGCGUAACAUAGGAGAGUUUGGAUUGUUUCAGAAGACCGUCCUCUUUGCUCUUUGCUUCCCAAACCUCCUCUUGCCUUUCCACUUUGCGAGCGUAAUUUUCACCCAGUCCGAUCCGGAGCGGCACUGCAACACGGACUGGAUUCUCAGAGCAGCUCCUAACGUGACCACAGAGGAGCAGCUGAACCUCACCGUGCCCAGGGAGGAGGAUGGGAGCUUCAGCCGGUGUCGGAUGUUCGUCCCUGUGGACUGGGACAUCCAUGAUAUCAGGGAAUAUGGCCUCAAUGAGACGACAGGUUGCAGGGAUGGAUGGGUUUAUGGCAGCAUGCUGUAUGAAUCCACCAUAGUUACUGAUUUUGAUCUAGUUUGUGACCAGGCUCAUUUGUUGGGCAUUGCGCAGACGGUGUUGAUGGCUGGCAUCCUCGCUGGUUGUCUCUUAUUUGGACCUUUCGCUGAGUCGUUUGGCCGUAAACGAGCCGCUCAGAUCCCUGUAGUUCUGAUGCUCCUUUUCUUUGUAACAACUGGGUUAUGUCCGAACUACCCUUUAUAUUUGGCCUCCCAGUUCGUGGCGGGGAUUGGAUAUGGAGGCUAUCGAAUAAAUGGCGUCAUCCUAAGCACUGAAUGGAUCGGCGUGUCCAAACGGUCCUGGGGAGCCUGCAUCACUCAGCUAUGCGGUGCCGUUGGACAGGCCAUCCUCGGAGGCAUGAUCUACUUCAUCAGAGACUGGAGACUGGCUCAACUGGUCACAGCUGCUCCGUUUGCUGUGAUCACUUUUUACAUAUGGUUUAUUCCAGAGUCAGCCAGAUGGUUGUUGGACAGGGGACGGACAGACGAGGCUAAAGAGCUGAUCAUCAAAGUGGCGGCCAUUAACAAACGCAAAGUUUCAAACUCUCUCCUGGAAAAGAUUACUGUCAAAGAAAAUGUGCAAAAGGGAGGCAUAAUAUGUCUUAUUAAAUCUCCUGUUGAGGAAGUAUUUCCUUACCAUUAUUUUGGCAUGGUUCUCCUGAAUGUUACCUACUUCUGCCUUCGCUGA